AUGGCGUUCGAACAAGGUAUUAAAUUAAAACACCUAUUACGAAACGUAUUGGACCCUGAAGCAGAAUAUAUUCAACACGCAAAAAAGCAAAGAGAGAGAAUUUAUGAUGAUGACAUGUAUUUUACGUCUAGUGAACCUCUCAAGAAUACGCCCGAAUGGGCACUCGAUAAAGCGAAAAUCGAAUAUGACGCGGCUGAUGAUGUGAUUGAUGAUUUGAUUCAAUCUUACGAAGAUUGUGAGCCAAUGGAGCAGAAUUUAACGGAGCCAUAUUCAGAUUUCUUGUUAAAUUCAGCGGAAAUGAAUUCGAUUAGACCCGAAGAUUUGGAUGAGAUUGGUGAAAGUUCGACGACACAACAAAGAGCCGAAAGGAGUCAAAAAGGCAAAGAAAAAGACACAAAAGAAGCAAAAGAAGACGAGGAAAUUUAUGAAAUCUUUGAAGCCGACAAAUAUAAUUAG